UGAAUGUUCUGGGCACCAUUUAAGUAUGGGGGUCGAAUACUUGUAUCGUUGUGCAUAUAAAUAAAUAUAUUUUUUCAAAAUAGGUAUGCAUCUCAUCACCCUCCUCCUGAAACCGCGACUGGUAAUGUGCAUGAUACUUUUGGAAAUGUGCAACAAAGAGUAGAAAGGUGGAGAAUGCUUCUGGAAACUACCGAAUUGCAAACAAAAUUCACAAUUGAAUGCGCUAUUGAAGACCGAUUAAUGCCGAGAUGACCCGAACAAAUAUUAUGUCCUUGACGAUUCUAUUUUAAGCUUCAGCGUGCAGAAGGAGAUUUGCUGACAAACAAAAUGUCGGGUUUGUACCAUUCACCAGCAGUUAAAAACCCAACUCGAGAGGAGUUGGCCAAAAUAUCAGAUGACCUUGGUCUGAAAUGCCACCCAGAAGAAAUUGAUGCAAUUCUAGGUCAUUUUAUUAAAGGAACAUCUAAAGCACUUCAGAGAAUAAAUGACAUGGUGGAGCCAGCUCUUCCAGUGAAAUAUCCCCGCACUCCCGGACAUCGCCCAUCUCCUAGCGACAACCCAUUCAAUGCAUGGUACUGGUGCUGUGAUAUCCAGUCUGGGAAGAAAGGAAAGCUGGCGGGAAAGACCGUGGGAGUCAAAGACAGCAUCGCAGUGGCCGGCGUGCCCAUGAUGAAUGGAAGUAAAAUUCUGGAGGGAUACACACCAGAAUUUGAUGCUACGGUUGUCACGAGAAUUUUAGAUGAAGGAGGCCACAUCAUUGGUAAAACAGUGUGUGAGGACUGCUGUUUCAGUGGCAGUAGCUUCACGUGUUCCACGGGCCCCAUCCUGAACCCACACGAUGAAACAAGAUCUGCUGGGGGAUCCAGUGCAGGAAGUGCAGCCUUGGUUGCAGGGAACAAAGUUGACCUGGCAUUGGGCGGAGACCAAGGUGGGUCUAUCCGGAUCCCGUCUAGUUUCUGUGGCAUUGUGGGCCUGAAGCCGACUUACGGCCUGGUACCCUACACCGGGGCUGGAUCUAUCGAAACUACAGUUGACCAUCUGGGACCGAUGGCCAGAACCGUUCAGGACUGUGCUCUGUUGCUGGAGGUUAUUGCCGGCUUGGAUGGAAAAAGAGAUCCAAGGCAGCCCCGAGAUCUCACAGUUCCUGAAUACACGAAACUGUUGGAUGCAGGAAUUGCUGGAAAGAAGAUUGGUUUACUUGAUGAAGGGUUCCAUUUUUGUAAAGAGGAGGAUGUUAAAAAUGUGGUACAGACUGCAGCUCUGAAACUUGCCCAGGCUGGAGCUACUGUGGGGCAUGUGUCUGUGCCAGAACAUCUCGAUGGUGAAACUUUGUGGUUUGCCAUUUGUGUACUGGGAGGCUAUGACUGUAUGAUUAAGGAUUCUGGUGUUGGCUCCCUGCGCAAAGGCCACUAUGCAACCUCGUUACAUGAAGCGACAAACCGUGGAUUCACUACUCGACCUUAUGACCUGCCCAUCUCCAUGAAACUGACGGCCAUCACAGGAGAGUACGUCAGCAGGAUGUACGGCAAGAAGUUCUAUGCCAAGGGACAAAACCUGAACAUGCUGCUCACAGAGGCGUACGACAAAGCUCUCGAGAAAUACGAUGUCUUGAUACUUCCAACGUUGCCAUAUAAGGCAACAAAGUUACCUGUAGAAGGAAGCUCAACCAGUGAUUUGUUUGAAAAUGCAUUUACAAUGCUCCACAACACGGCUCCAUUUGACAUCAGUGGCCACCCAGCUCUCACAAUCAAUGCAGGCUUUUCAGAAAGUCUGCCAGUUGGUAUGAUGAUUGUUGGCCGCCAUUUUGAUGAAACAACUGUGCUGCAAGUGGCGAGAGCUUUCGAAAAGCUGAAAUAAUCUGGAAAUACAGAAUGAAGAUUAGAAUUAGCCUUUAAGUGUGAAGUAAUUAUAUAUACAUAUAUUUCAUAUGCAGAUGAAUAUUUUGUAAUUCAUAUUAGGUUGGACUAUACCAGUUCAAAUCCCAUAGGCGACCAUGUUAACGUUUGUGUUUAAAAACACUAUAUGCAA